GGCACCCGCUGGAGUCGGUGAUGGAGCACCUGCAGACACUGCUGCUGCCCCUCCUGCUGCUGAUGUGCCCCCCAGCCAGCACUGCCCCAUCCAUUGCAGAUUAUGCCUGGAAGUGGAGGGAGAGAGGAGGAGAAGCCAAGGCAGCCUCCAGGAACCACUCCGCGCCCUACGUGGCCUAUCUGCAGGGCAGGGACAACCAUUCCUGUGCAGGCCUCCUCGUGGCCCCUGGCUGGGUGAUGACAGCUGCUCAGUGCCUCGUGCACGAACCUCAGACUGUCAUCCUGGGAGCACGCACACUCCAAAGCAGAGAGAAAAGCUGGCAAACCUUCGAGGUCAAGGAGUACCACAGCCACCCUGGUUUUAAGAUUUCAAACCUUAAGAAUGGAAAUGACAUCCUUUUGCUGAAGCUGAAUGGCAAUGCCACAAGAAGUGACUACGUCAAGCCCAUCUCCCUGGAGAGAUCCAGCAAAAUCCAAGGUUCGACUGAGUGCAGAGUGCUCAGCUGGGGCCACAGGAGGGACAGGGUCACCUUGUGUGAGGCCACUGUCACCAUCUUCAAGAGUCGGGACUGCCUCCCGUACUACCCAGGAUUGCCUAAUAAGAUGAUUUGUGGCAAAAGCAAAUCCUCUGAGGUACCUGCAAAGGAUGGUGCUGGGGAUCCACUGGUCUGCAAGGACAAAGCCUAUGGCAUCUUCUCCUACCAGUACCGGUCUUUUGGCAUCUACACACAGGUUGCUCAUUUCGCCUCCUGGGUCGACACUGUCCUGAAGUCAGCGUGACCCUGCUCCCCCUGCAGCUGCUGCCCUGGAGAGCUCACCCUCCAGAGCCCCAGUCCUCACCAGCUUUCUUUUCCUUUCUCCCUGGGAAACAUCUUCCACUGGCCCUCGUGGAUGUGGCCAGGAUUUCUCUGUGGCCAAGCCGAGCUCUGCCCGUGGUGGGGCUGGCACAGAGGUUGUGCCUUGGCCCUGUUUGUCUCCUCUGCACACUGGGGAGUGCCUGCACUCCCUCACUGCUGCCCUGAUUCAGCCCUUUGUGGCUCCAGCUCCGGAGAGGAAGCAGCAGGACAGCCCUAGAGAGGUGCCAGUAGCUGGGGGAUGUCUGUAACCCCCAGGGGAAGGCUGCACCACGAGAUCAGAGGGAUCCAAAGAGCAGCCUCCUCCCCGUCUGUCAUUUGUCACACCUCAUGUCUGGUUGUCCUUUGCCCAAGCCCUGGGGCUACAGGGCUGCCCAAACUCCAAGGAGGACACUUCCAGCUCCUGCUGUCCCCUGCUUCUGAAACCUGCUGCCUCCUUUCUCCCCCCUUCUGCAUCUCCAGUCUUGUCAGAACACAUAAAAACA